CUUUCGAAGAAGAGGAAUUUUUGCGGGAAGCUCGGCCAUUUAAAGCGGUGCCUGACUCAGCAUGGUGGCCCGAGCUCGUUCAGGUCCAUCGAGAAAAAAAUUCCUCCACUAUCGCCGUUAAGCCAAAACGAAGCACCAAUACCGCCAAAAUGCAUCUUAUGGUACGUUUUCUCGCAUCUGCGAAGCGCACGCAUCGCCAGCUCCAUCCCAGAAUCGGUCUCUAAUUUUAACGAACAGUACACUCUCGACGCCCAAGGCAAGCGUGUCUACACGCUCAAGAAGGUCCUCAGCGGUGAGGUUACCAAGUCUGCCCACCCCGCCCGUUUCUCUCCCGAUGACAAGUACUCUCGUCACCGUGUCACCCUGAAGAAGCGCUACGGUCUUCUCCUCACCCAGCAGUCCGGUACGUCGAAUCUCCCUUCGAAUUGCACUUCAUGA